AAUUACUGUUGUUGCAACGCUCUUUGAUACCCAGCCAGCUGAGGCUACUGUUCAAACAAGAAAGAAAUGGUCUGAAUUCGACAUGGACGAAUUGUGGCGUGAUACAGAGAACUAUAGCCAACGCGUUGAAAAUCUGCGCGAGAGGAACGUGGCUUGUACUGAAGAAGAAGUACAAGAGGCGCAGCAAGAUCUUGAAUGGAUACAGACAAGAAUCCAACAAGAUACAGACACGGACGUCAACCAGGUGACUGACUUGAUGUCAAGCAUCUUUAAAAUUGCUGCCAAUCUUCGGGCUAUCAAUUUAGACGCCUGCAUCAUCGCAGGCCGUACCAAGACCUGCCGACCAGCUGAACAUUAUCGAUGGUAUCGAUCCGCCGACCAGAACUCAAGUUGGCCUUCAAUCUGGACAGCAGCAUCGCAAACAUUCCGCAUCGUCACCUCAGCCAUAUCCCGCAGCCGGAUUCAACUUGAAAAGCUCCAGAUCUUUCCCGACACGCCGUUAUGCAGUGUGCAGCUGAGACAUGUUGAAGAUCAUUUGAGAACGCUGGACUCGCGUGGCUUGGUAGCGGCUUGCAAAAAUAUCAAAUCUCUCGGGCUGAGCUUCUCAACGCAUAUACUCAUCGAAGCACCGCCUACCCAGGGAGAGUGUCUUUUUCGUCAUGCUUUUGCAGCAAAGUCUCCCUACAGGCUCCGUCAAUAUCUUGAGUCUGAUGCGGAAGAUUUCACUGGCGCAGCAACAAUUCUUACAUAUAUGCCCAAUCUCACGUCCCUGGACCUUCAUCUCCAUCAUUUGGAUAAUCUCGUUCUUCCAAAAUACACCAAGGCUUUUGCUCAUAUCAGCCGGUCCAUCAGACUCGGCCGUCUGAGGGAACUUUCUCUGCGCGGUCUUCCCCUGCGACCAGAUAAUAUUGUUCUCUUCUUAAAAAGCCAUCCCACCAUUACAAAGCUGACUCUUGAUGGCAUACUCCUAGUGGGCGGAUCAUGGUCACCAGUGUUCUCAUGCAUCGAGACUAUGCCUGCCUUGGAGAGUCUUCACCUCAGCUCCCUUAGCACAGAAUACCACCAUGUAACAAAUCUCGACCCAAUGGAACGCACUUUUGAAGUCGACCUGCAGGACAGAGAGAAGUGGGUUACGUGCGGAGAUGGACAUAUCUUGUAUACACGAGAUAUGUGCAGAGAGGAGAUUCGACAAGGGCUGGAUUUUAGGCCUCAGCCGGGACCUCGAAAUAUCUGGGGGGAUGAUACGUGGGUGUACUUUGAGCGUACCCAGUACGAGUUCGGACCUCCUUUGCGUGUAUGGAAGUGGGAACCAUUGAUUGAGAAUAUGUAGCAUGUGUUGUUAAUGCAGUAAGAGGGAGAAGAUUUACCCUAAGCAAAUAAUGAAUAAUUUACUAUCUAU